GUCCUGUCGUCACCGUAAGUCCUUACCGAACCCCAGUGCCGAGCAAGCUUGGAGCUGGGUUCAGGAACGCGAGAAUUUCCCUUAUUAGUUGGCGAGUGACGGAGGCACUUGCGUUUGCCCCGUUCACGAUCUGAGCACUGUGGUCUGUCUCUACAAAGACCCAGCCACGCUGUCCUGAGAUUGCGUUUGACUUGCCCGCGCUUGUCUGUCCUUGUGUCUUCCAGAAUCGAAUAACCGAGAUCAACAGCAAUAUGACGCGAUCUCUUCGUCAAGUUCUACUAUCUGCCACGGCAAUGAUCGUGGCCGCUCUUCAUGGCGUAACAGCUGCGAAGCCGUCAGCGGGGUGUGGAAAGACGCCGACACUCAUCACAGGCGGCGCUGCCACGACACCUCUGACGUUGACCUCCAACGGCAAGACGCGCCAGUACUACGUCAAACUCCCCGACAACUACGACAACAGCCAUCCAUACCGGCUCAUCUUCACACUGCAUGCCCUUGGCGGCAACGCACAGCAAGUCACGGUCGGCACGGGAGGCUACCUGCCAUGGUACGGCAUCCCAGCGCUUGCGAACAACGACACGGUGGGCGCCGUGUACAUCUCGCCCAACGGGCUCAACAACGGCUGGGCCAAUCAGGGCGGCGAAGACGUCGCAUUCCUCAAGGCGGUCAUGGACACGGUCGAGAGCGACCUUUGCAUCGACCAGAACCUCCGCUUCUCGACCGGCUUCAGCUACGGAGCCGCCAUGUCGUACAGCCUCGCGUGCUCGCUCGGCAGGCAGAUCCGGGCCGUCGCCGUGCUGUCGGGCAACCCGACGAUCAGCGGCUGCGCCGGUGGCACCGAGCCCGUCGCCUACUACGGCCAGCAUGGCAUCAAGGACUCGGUGCUCCCCAUUGCGGGCGGCCGCCAGAUGCGGGAUCGCUUCGUCAAGAACAACGGCUGCGCUGCGCAAUCCUCCGCCCCGCCCGAGCCCGCGUCCGGGAGUGGGAAACACGUCAAGACCGCUUAUACUGGCUGCGACCCGAACUACCCCGUUGUGUGGAAUGCCUUUGACGGGGAUCAUACACCGCAGCCCAAGGAUCAGGGUGCCCAGAAUACCUUCUCGGCCGUGGAGACUUGGGAGUUCUUCUCGCAGUUCAAAUAG